GCUGCGUUAGGCGUCACCCAUUGCGCCUCCAUCACCAUCUCUUGAUUCCUGCAGCCCGCCAGCCAAACACCAAGCCUGCAAGAUGCUGAUGACAGAUGUACUUGCCGCUGAAGACAUCAAAAAUGCUCUCAAAGCUUUCCACGAUCCCGGAAGCUUCAACCACAAGAAGUUCUUCGAGAUGGUCGGUUUGAAGAAGAAGACUGAAAAGGAGAUGGAACAAGUCUUCCAUAUUCUCGACCAAGAUCGGAGUGGCUUCAUUGAAGAGGAAGAGCUCAAAUCUUUACUAAAGAGCUUUGCAGCGGAGGGCCGGGACCUAUCUCCCAGUGAAACCAAAUUAAUACUCGAUGCUGGAGACGAGGAUCACGAUGGCAAGAUCGGGAAAUCAGAGUUUACCAAACUAGUGCAGCAAUCGUGAAGGACCUGACCCAGCCCAACCGUUCUCCCCCCGCCAGCACCUGAUCAGGAAGGGCGGGCCCCACCGGGGAACACUGCAGUCAAUGCCAUGCCCGUCACAAGCUCCUUCUAUUUAUUUGUACAUUUUAUACUCCUGUUUGUGCCACAAGAUGCUGUCAAACAAAUAAAUGUCAAAGGACAAAA